ACUUUCACUCCUCCGUAGAAAGCUUCGUUCUUCCGCUGACCCGCUUUGAUCAUCUCCCUAGAAAGUUUCUUCAAUUAUCGUGCGUUCGGCCUCCCCUCGCUGCUCCAGUGCACCGAGCCUGAGUCUGUUUAGAUCCGCUUGGUCCGUUAGCCAUGAAUUCUCUAGGCGGUGAUUUCCCAGCUGCGUCUUCGAAGAACGCGAAGACGCAGUCACAACCAGUCGACCAUCAUUCAGUGUCGAAGAGGUUGCAAUCAGAGUUGAUGAAGCUCAUGACAUCCAGCGACCCUGGAGUUUCUGCUUUCCCUGAAGGCGACAACAUUUUCUCCUGGGUCGGUACUAUCCAGGGUUCUGCCGGAACUGUGUAUGAAGGCUUGACGUACAAGCUCAGCCUGAAGUUCCCUUCCGACUACCCGUUCAAGCCUCCGACUGUCAAGUUCGAGACCUACUGUUUUCACCCGAACGUGGAUCAGUUCGGUAACAUCUGCCUCGACAUCUUGAAGGACAAGUGGUCGUCCGCAUACGACGUCAGAACCAUUCUUCUUUCCAUCCAGAGCCUUCUAGGAGAGCCCAACAACGACAGCCCGCUGAACGGACAUGCGGCGGCGUUGUGGCCGCAUCAAGAAGAGUACCAAGAACUCCUACACAAGAAGCAACUGCUUGACUGCAGAAGUCAACUGGAGGACGACAGGCGGAUCUUUAAUUGACACUCAUCUCCAUUUAUUCAUUCAAAGAGCAUCGCAGCGGACCAUCUGAGCGUUUCACUUCCGCUGAUGGAUCAAUCCCUGAUCACCACCCUUUGUCUUUUACCGUCCUUUCAAUGACCAGAAGUCUCAAAUACUGGGACAGGAAUGCACCCUCACCAAGUCUAGUAUCCCAUGCAUUGUGUCCACCAUUGAAUAACU